AGAGUGCAAUUAGAAAUUGCGGAGGUGCAGGAAACAACAACCCACAUGCUUAGCAUAAAAUAGUUCUCAAAGUAGUUUGUUUUUGAACCCAAAAGGGUAAUUUCCUAUCCUUUAGAGAUUCUAAGUCCUUCUUUCCAUAACUGCCAAGACACCAAACCUAACCUUAUCUUGAAGGCAUCAUCUCCAACUCCUUCAUUUGGUUGUUUUAAAGCAAGCAAGGUAAUUUGAGAACACAAAAACCUUCCAUGCAACUAUUAGAUAUAUCGUUACAUAAACACCAAUAACAUCUGAGUCGAUAAAAUCACUCAACAGCAUCAACAUGCAUCACACCACACUUCAAUUGAAAAGUGUUGCCAUUUCUUCAUGGACAAUAUUUAUGCCAUCACCAUUUCCAUCUUCUCUUGCAAACACUUCCACUCACAAUUACUCAAGCUUGUGUUUUUCCCUCAAAGAUUUUGAUUUGAGAAAAAGAGGCAGAACAGUUUUGUGUUCAGCAAGGAGGCAAAUUAGAUACCAAGACGAAGAUGAAGAUAGAGAUGAUGAAGAGUAUGGUCACAAUGAAGAGAUUACAAAGUUGGAGAUUUAUACUCAGUCAGCAAAAGGAGAAGCACUUCUUGUGCAUGCACUUGUGGACCAAGAGGAAGUAGAAUUGCUUAUCUUCAAGGGGUUCUCUUCAUGCUUGAGUUACAGUACCUCACCAGAUCCAACAAGAAGCAUUGUUCCAGCGAGGGCAGUGAUAGUGUCCAUAGAUAGAGUGAAAGGACCUUUUGAUCCUUCUAAUAUAGAGUAUCUGCAAAAGGGUGUAACAUGGGAAGGAUUCAAGACUAAAUUUCUCUCUAAUUAAGGACCAUGUUGUUUUGUUCUUAUUUUUCUCCAAGAUGAAAUAAUAGUUUUUGUUUUAUUUUA